AUGUAUCAAAAAAAGCAAAUUUUUAAACUGAGCGUUUUAAAAGAAUUAUUAAAUACUGAAAAUAGUUGCGUUUCGAUAAUAUCAACAAAUAGAGAACUCGCUUUGCCGCCAUGUUUUUUAAAUAAUAUUAAAAAUGGAAUUUUUUUCAUUUUAAAUAACGCAUUAAAAAAAUAUGAUCCAGCACUUGAUGGAAUUUUAAUAGGAUAUCAAAAAGUAAAAAUUAUUAUGGAUGAUAGAACUGGUCUCAUACCAAUGGGAGGAGCAGAAAGUAGAGUUAAAAUCAACGUUGAAUUUUACGUUUUUCAACCUAAAAUUGGCGGUAAUCAACACAUUGGAUGUUUGGUACACAAAUAUUUCAAUGCCACCAUUUUGAAACCUAAUGAAAUCGAUUAUCAAGAUUGGGAUGGUAAAAAUAUUAAUGUGAACGAUAACAUUAAAUUUAAAGUGAUCGAUUUAGAUUUUUCCGAUGUUUUACCAAGAAUCGAGGGAAGCAUUGAAAAAUUUAAUUCCGAAACAAGUGAGGAUAUAAUAAAAAAAAUUCUCAUCACUGAAAAUGUUAGAAAAGAAUGCAGCAAUGAUGAUGAUGAUGAUGAUAAUGUUGAAAUGGAAUUAUUAAAUUCUGAUAAAUUUUGGAAGGAAAAAUUAGAAAAUUGUACAAAAUGGCCUGAAAUGAAUGAGAGCAUAAAUGAUAAUUUGCAAUCUGCGGUAAGAUUUACUCCCCUAAAAGCAGAAGACGUUGGUGAUGAUAGCGAAGUUGAUAACAUUCAUAAUGGUCACAGUCAAUCAUUACAUAAUAGGAAAAAGAAACGAAAAAAACAUGAUGAGGAAUUAUCGGAGGAAAGGGAGACAAACGACAAAUUUGUAAAAGAUGAAUUAGUAGUCGAAAGAGAUUUGAUAAAAGAAAAAAAAAGAGAAAUAAACGACGAGGUUACGGAAACGAACGAUAGUUUUUUUUCCAGUACACAAAUAGAAGUACCAAAAAAAAUAAAUAUUGAUUGUUUUAGUCCUAUACUGUCGACUCCAACGGGAAACGAUGUAAAAAAAGUCAAAAAGGAAUCGAAAACGAAAGAAAAAGGAGGAGGAGGAGGAGGAGAAGGAGGAAUAAAAAAUAAAAUGGAAUAUGAAAAAAUGAAAUUGAUUGAAAAAUUUUUAGAAUGCGGUGAAAAAAAUUCAAAUGAGGAAUCGAAAGGCGGUGAUGAAAAAAGGGAAGGAGAAAAAGGGGCGGAAGAAUAUAAAAAAAAAGAAAAAAGGUUCAAGAAGAAAAUGAAGGGAAAAGAAUCAAAGGAAGAUGAAGAAAAAUCAUUAUUGCAUUCGAAACUUUUACAAGAUGCAUUGGAUUCAUUGAAUUCAUCUCAGGACGAUCCUGUGGGAGGAUCCGUGAGUGGGAAAAAGGAAACAAACACACAAAAAUCCACAAUUAAUGAUAAUGAUAAUGAUAAUGAUAUGAAAUGUUCAAAUGAAUUUUUAAUCGGUGACGAUGUUAUAGAUAACGUUAAUAAUAAUAAUAAUAAUAAUAGUAGUAAAGCAAACGAUGAUAAAUGUAAAAAUAAAAUAAAAAAAGAUAAAGAUAAAAAGAAGAAGAAGAAGAAAAAGGAGAAAAAGGAAAAGAAGAAUAGGAGUAAAAGUAAAAGUAGAAAGAAUACGUCCAAAGAAUUUCUUUGCACUGAAUUACUUAAAAACGCUUUAAAUUAUUUAAAUUCUAUUAGCGAGGAUGCGGAUGAUGUUGUCAAAGAAGAGGAGGAAAAGGGGGAUGAGGGGAAUGAAAAAAUGGGAACAAAGGAAAAUGAUGAUCGGGAAGUGGAGGAGGGAUUUAUAAACAGCAGCGAUAAUUCUUCGGACGUUUUCGUUAAAGAAAAAAUUAUAAAUAAAAAAAGAAGAAAAAAAGAAAAGAAAAAAUGUUAA